AUAAAAUUAGACGAUCCCAACAAAAUCCCUACUAAUUCAACUUGGUCACUGAAAGCGAUCAAAGGUUUCGGAUUCACCGUCUCAUCUCAUACAACAAGAAGAAUCAGAUAUCUAAUAUCCGGUGUAACUGAAAUUGUUAAGGGGCAUGAUAUAGGCGAGCAUUGGAUUGAUCUCACAAGAUCAUUGCCGCUUUCGUUGGAGGAUUUAGAAGGGGAGAAAGGAUCGAGUAGAUGGACAACAAGCUUUAAACUUUCUGGCAAGGCUAAGGGUGCUACACUAAAUGUCAGUUUUAGUUUUUUAAAUCUUACAGAGAAUGGUUCUAGUGCAACGGGAGAUAGCAGAGUUCAUAGGAUACUUCAGCAUGAUGGUAUUGUUCUAAGUAAUGUAAACCAAAGGUCUCUAUCACCUCUGUCUGUUGAUGUGAAGUUUGGUACUGAAAUGUUGCCAAAUGUAGGGCUGGAAUUUUCCAAAUCGAUAAGCAUUUUAUAUCAGAAACUUAAUGAAGAGAGCUUACAUGGUUCUUCUGGCUUAGAUAAAUUGUCUGAACAUGUGGAGCCACUCAAACCCGAUUCUGAGUCUGCUAAAUAUAUAGAUGAGGAUAAAAACAAGUUUUUUGCUAUUGAGCAGGGUGAAAAAUGGUGUCUGAAAGAUCCAACUUCAAUUGAACAAAGUGCUAUUCAGACUAUUGAUGGCUCUGUCAUUGAAACUAUCGAUGUGGAUGAGAUCCUUAAAGAUUGUGACACAGACAUAGAUGAGGUGGUGGAUCCUGUUUUAAAUACAUCCUGCUCCAGUUGUAUGCUGAAGGUUGUGGUAGACGAUUGCGUACGAGAAAAGAGUAAUAAAUGUUCCAACCCAAUGACUGUGCGAGAGCUGGAGUCGGUUUUUCAUGACAAAUUGGUUGCAGAAUCAUCAGUAUCGGAACCUCCAUCUGCUUUGAAUGAGUUUAUUGAGAAUGAAAAGUUUAUGGAAGGUAAAUCACAUUUUGAGGCUAGCGAACUGACAAAUAAAUCGCCAAGUUUGGAUGACAUUGCUGACACUGUGGCUAAUGAUUUCUUAAAGAUGCUGGAAAUUGAACAUGAUCUAUCUAGCUUCAAUUCUGACAGUGCUCUUGAAUCUCCUAGAGAGCGUCUGUUGAGAGAGUUUGAAAAUGAAGCCCUAGCUUCCGGUGAUUUCAUCCUAGAUAUUGGCACAGCAGGGGAAGAGGAGGAAUUUGAUUCCACCAUUCCUGGUCUUUGUUGUGGGGAUAGUUCUGAAGAUUUUACUUUCUUGUCUGUUGUUCUGCCCAGCAAGGAGCAGAAGAUGGAAAGUUUGUCACUGAAAGACAGAAGGACGGUUGAAAUGGUUGAAGACUUGGAGACUGAAGCUUUAAUGCAUGAGUGGAGCUUAGAUGAGACACUGUUUCAAAGUUCUCAUGUUCAAAGUGAUGGUUUUGGAAGUCCAAUUGUGCUUUCACCUGAAUGAGAUCAAUUUCCUCCACUGGGAGGUGGAUUUUGGCAUUUCAUCCCGGGAAAGGAUGGAUUUGUUUUGCGAGCUACGAAUUCCAGGCUUUCAGAAAUUUUAAAAACGUUGGCCACAUGGUCUCAUGCAAGUAUCCAAAGCAGUUGUAGUUCCUGCAAGAUUGGGUUACUGAUAUCAACUUUGCUUCACUUGGAAUUGAGAGCCUGUCGUUGUAGGUCUAUAAGUAACUUAUGCCUUUCAAGGAUGAUAAUGGAAGCUGCUUCUAGAGCUGUCGUGCUAGAAAGGCAGUAUGAGUUGUUUAUUAGCAAGAAUCAUCAGAGAAAGGAAGUUUUAGGACUUCAUUUUGUUACUAUGAACCAGUUGGCACUUCAAUGGUUGCUUUAAUUCAAGUGGAGACGCACCUCUCCCUCUAUUUAGACAUAGGAUCAAUGAGAAGGGAUUCCAGUUUUCAAAAUCCCUGAGUUCCACAUUGCAGGUUAAACACAGCAACCCUUUAAGCAGUGCAUAUAUGGGGUAGAAAAGCACAGCAGCAGUCUGGGACCCGCUGGUUGCUUGCCACUGGCACUUCUAACUCCAAUAAGAAUACAUUUUCCAAGUCAAAGCUGAUGUAAGAGUCUACCAACCAGCGAUGAGAAGGUGCAGGCUGAGAAUGUGCUGUGGAGUCUAACCUCUAAUGGCAGAUUUAGGUCCAGAUUCUUGAAGCCCUGAUGCCAUCAUCCAAAUGAAGGUGUCAAAGCUUGUUUGAGAUUGCAGCAUUUGCCUACUUUUUGAGAAUAUGUCUUCAUUUGUAGAUUGAACAUGUAGCCAUUUUUAUCAUCACUGUAUGUAUUAUCCAACUUUUCUUGAACUUUAUGUUGGAAAGGACUGUGCAGUCCUAUAGGAACUGUAAUCAAUUCAUGUUCAUUUGACAAAAUGAAGCAUAUAUGUUCUAAGUUU